GAUUCCAAAAAAUUCUCCAAGUUUCUCGAGGCACUGCAAGCUGUAGCUCCACUGGGCCACAGGAUUGUGAGCUCGGAGAGUGGGCUGCUUGGUCAGAUUGCUCCUCUUCCUGCGGUGAAGGCUCCCGGGUGCGCAGCCGCAAAGUGGCGCAGCUGGCGAUCGAUGGCGGUCAGCCCUGUGAGGGUUCCCUACAAGAGGUGAAAGUGUGCAAGAUCCAAGAUUGCCAGGUCAUUGACUGCCGCUGGAGUGACUGGGAGCGAUGGUCUACCUGCAGUGUGACUUGCGGUGGUGGCACCAAAACUAGGAGCCGCAACAUCGCCGUGUCCCCGGUGGGUGGAGCGCCCUGCGUGCCGCAUCACAAGGUGGAAGUGGCACCCUGUGGUGAGGAGAAUUGUGGUGGUGCCUGUCAGCACGGAGAAUGGGGCCAGUGGCGCGAAUGGACCGAUUGCAGUAGCACCUGCGGCGACGCCUAUCGUUUCCGGAGAAGGAACAUUGCGGUGCACGCCAACUACUGCGGCAAUGCCACCGUGGGCCUCAGGGAGGAGAUGGAAAAAUGCGAGGACUUGCCCUCCUGCACCCAGGACGUGGAUUGUCAAACCUCGGAGUGGGCCGAAUGGACCGCCUGCAGCUGUCACUGCUUUGGAAUGCGCAGCCGCUCCCGAUACAUCUCACGCUUCCCCUCUGGCAGUGGUGCUGUUUGCUUUAACGAGACGUUGAAGGAGAUCGAGCCCUGCAAUCCAGGUCCACGCGAACUCAGGCCUGCGGACUGUAGCAACAUCCGACAGCUCGAUUGCAAGCUGAAUGAAUGGGAGGACUGGUCCCACUGCACGGUGAGUUGCGGUGGUGGCCAGCGCAAUCGCGUGCGCACGGUGAAGCAAAGCGCCAUGGGCGGCGGCAUUCCCUGCGUCGAUGCGUUGCUGGAAACCUCUGGAUGUAAUACUCAGCACUGUGCGGCACAUCGUUGUCAGGACUGUGUUUGGGGCCCCUGGAGCGUGUGGGGUCAAUGCCCCACCUGCGGUGGACAGAAAUACAGACAUCGAACCAUUGACAUCAUGCCGAAUUACUGCGGAAAGCGGUGCGACCUGCAGAGUUCCAAAGAGGUGUCCGAUUGUCCUGCUUCACCCCUGUGCUCAGAGAGGCUCUUCUGCGCCUGGAACGAGUGGUCCACGCCGCGUUGUGAUGGCACCUGUGGGGAGACUGCUGUGAUGAUCACCAGAACUCUGGGCCUCCAUCGAAAUCGACCCGUGGACGGCGCCAUGUUCGAAGUGAACAGCAGCAUGAAAUGCGCAGGUGCUCAGGUGAACCAGACUGAGUGCCCCUACACCCAUCCCUGUCAGGAUUGCAUUCCCAUCCCCUGUACCUUCAGCCCGUGGUCGGAUUGGCAGCAGCCAACUUGCGAGGGCCUUUGCACCCGCAGCCGUGUGGUCCAGAACGUGAACAACAAAUGCGGCGAGCCCUGCAACGGACCGCUGGAAGCCACAAAGAGAUGUGCUGCGGAUUGCUUGAGCCCACGAGAUUGCAAGAUGACGGAAUGGAGCAGCUGGAGCGCCUGCAGUGAUCCUGGACAGGCCAAUGGGCAGAAGUAUCGCGAGCGCAGCAUCAUCCACGGACCUCGUAACGAUGGACAGCCCUGUCUGGGAGCACUCGAGGAUACCAUGGGCUGUAAGCAGACUUUGCCACAGCCUUGUGUGUUCAGUGAGUGGGAGGACUGGACCGCCUGCACAGCCAGCUGCGGUGAUGGCUGGACCAGUCGAAGCCGACAGAUUCAGUCCCAUGCCCAUCGUGGUGGCGAAACCUGUCACGGCAACAUGCGGGAGAUGAAGAAGUGCAAGGGCACAGGUGCCGCUUGCGAAGCGGGUGGUGCUGUGGAUUGCUUACUGGGAGACUGGGGCGUGUGGAGUACCUGCGACGUCAACAAGAUGAUGUACCGCGACAAGCGUGUGCUCCGAGCGGCCGCGAACCAAGGCCAGCCUUGUGCAGGUGAAACCACACGAGGACAGUCUUGUGGCCUGGCACCUGUGGACUGUCGCAUGUCUUCCUGGACGGGCUGGGGCCCAUGCGACCGCAGCUGUGGUGAGGGUCAAACGAGGCGUCAACGACAAAUCGAAGUCUUCGCCCAGUUUGGCGGGCAGGAGUGUCUUCCGGAGCUCAUCGAGACCAGGGGCUGCAUGCAGAAAGCCUGUCCCACCUGGGAUGCUGAAGUGAGUGACUGGACGCAGUGGAGCAGUUGCUCUUUUACCUGUGGCCCAGGACAGCAAAAGCGUGAACGAAAGAUCUUGAAGGAGCGCUCCUCAGGCGGCCGAGGCUUCGAGGGUUUCCUGGGCGAGGCCAGGCCCUGCCAUGGCGCACAGGAAUGCCCCAGGCAGGACUGUGUCUGGAACCAGUGGGAGGAGUGGACGCCCUGCAGUUGCAGCUGUGGUGGAGGUCAGCAGGAACGCAAGCGUUUCGUGCUUCACAUGCCCGAGUCCGGUGGCGAUCGCUGCGAGCCCAGUGACAAGAUCGAGAUGCGGGCGUGCAACACGCAGUCAUGUGGCCACAGCUGCCAAGAUGGCUUGUGGGGCCCCUGGGGCUACUGGUCCGAGUGCUCUGCCACUUGCGAUGGUGGUACCACCUACCGCACCAGACACAUUGUUCAGAAUGCCAGUGACUGUGGUUGUCCUGCACAUGGUCGUGCGCAUGAGACGGGGAUUUGCAAUUUCAAGUCCUGCAGUGAAUCCAGAGAUUGUGUUGUCAGUCCUUGGACGGAAUGGGGCAGUUGCUCAUCAAGCUGCAAUGGCAUCAUGAAACGAGAGCGAAAUGUGGAGAGCUAUGGCAAAGGCUCGGGCCUUUGGUGCGAGGGUGCUUUGAAGCAAGUGGAAGCCUGCAAUCCCAAACCAGGUGAGGUGCCUUCUGAAGCAUGUGAAGGUGGCGAUCCGGUGGAUUGUGUGCAGAGCGACUGGACGCAUUGGAGCAUGUGCAGCGUAACCUGCGGAGGCGGCGAGCACUUGCGCACGCGCAAGAUCCUAAGACAUCCGAAGUACGGCGGGAAAUCUUGCGAUGGCGCCCUUGCCGAAUUGAAGGAAUGUGCACGACAUGCAUGUGGUGGCCCCGCACCAAUUGAUUGCAAAUACUCCAGCUGGAAUCACUGGGGCGAUUGUGACAAGUGCAACGGUGAACGAUCGCGAGUGAGGAACAUUGACAACUUUCCGAGCAACGGUGGUGAGGAGUGCGACCCGAAAGCCACCAUGGAGAUUGGGAAGUGUCCCAGACGUUGCGGCGGACAAAAGUUCUGCGAGUGGACGGUUUGGGGCACGUGGAGCGACUGCACUGUGACCUGCGGAAAGGGCGGGAAGCGGCGCAGACGUCGCCACUUGGAACUCACGGAGCAGGCGAGAAACGAGCUGCCUGACUAUGUCUCGAAUGUGGCAAAGAAGUUUGAGACCCUGCGUGCGCAUGCGCAGGAGCUUCAGUCACACCAAAUGAGCGAGAUGGUCGCAUCCUUUGUGGUGGGAUGUUCUUUCGUGACCAUAAUUCUCUUAGGCCUGCGCGCCUGGCCGCGGCGGAACAACCAGCCCCGAGUGGCGGAGUUGGCCUAUCGACCCAUUGAGGAGGCGUAGUCGUCAGCCGCUUUAUGGCGGUCGCUUGGAUGACUUCGCCCUGCGUUUUGCUCGUCGACUCCGUCGUUGGCGUUUUGCAAACGACGUUUGCGUCACACGUGGCGUCGUGUUUGCGUUGACCUAGCAGUGCACGUCGCGUGUGGCAGAAGUGGGUUUGCCGUUUUUGCCUGCGCCAUUCAUGUACGACACCCUGGCUAUCCGUGG